AUCCCGGGAUUUAACGCGCGCACAAAAACCGUUUGGCUGGAUUUAGCGUAAAUCCGACUUAAAUCCCACGAUAAAUCCGAUACCAAACAUCCCCUUAGAGAUGGAUUAUGGGGGUGUGUGACUUGAACUAUUGAUUGGUCCAUGCGGAUAUAUCUAGCCUGAGAACACUGCCAAUCAUUCUUCCUCUCUCCGCAACGUGAUGGACGGCGAAGUAUGCCGGAACUGCGGCGAGCCAAGCGUGAUUACUGAUCUCGACACCAACAUCCGCGUCUGCGAGUCCUGUGGCUCAGUCCAAAGCUCAGACGCCUACCAAGACCAAGCUUUCGACCGAGACGGCACCCGGCUUGGCACCCUUCAUUCCUCCGGCGACUUCGGCUACCGCGAGCGAAAGCUUUAUCAUGCCCGCGCGUUGAUUGCCGAUAUCACCGCCCGCCUCAACCUCACAAAAGCACAUGCCUCCGCCGUCUCCCGUCUUGCUUGCCAAGCUACAGACGACAAUCUUGGCUCCGGUGACUGGUUCCCUGUCCUUGUUGCUGCCUGCGCCGUCAUCGUCAUGCGCCAACAUGGCUCCCCUCUAUCUCUUGCUGAAGCCGCUGAGGCUAUUGGUCGCGACCCCCACGAUCUUGGCCGCAUGGUUGGUCGCGUCUCUCGCCAUCUUGAUCUUGGACAGCUCCCUGAGCUCAAUGCUGUCUGCCUGUUGGAGCGUGCGGUUCGUGAAUUAUCUCCAUUCUCUACCCUUGAUAAGGAUAAAUUUGAGGAGAUCUUGGGCCAGGGGAGAUUCAUCCUCCAUUGUGCGAUUAGGUGGUUUCUCACUACUGGUCGCCAUCCACUUCCUGUUGUUGCUGCUGUCCUGAUUUUUGUCUCCAAGGUGAACGGAUUGGAGGUGGGUGUGGAGGAGAUUGCUGGGAUGAUCCAUGCCGGGGUCGCCACUAGCCAUCGUCGGCUUAAGGAGCUCAUGGAAGUACUUGUUAAGGUUGCUAAGAAGCUGCUUCCAUGGGGAAAUGAUGUGACGGUUAAGAAUAUUGUGCAUAAUGCUCCAGUUUUGAUCCGGUUCAUGGAAUUGAAGAGCAAGGCAAACUUGAGUAGUGUUGGUAAUGAUAAUGGUUGUGUUCCUGACCUUGGAUUCAAUUUGAAUGUUAUCCUGAAUGCCUAUUCUAAUCAUGUUGAUGCCGUUCCGGAGGAAUCUAAAUAUUUCAGGUUGGGAAAAAGGGAUGGGGGUGACGAGAGAUUGAACUGGGAUGAGCUUGAAAAGUUGAAGCUUUCAGCAGAGGGAAUUCGUCUUUCUCAUGAUUAUGGCAAUGUGUUGGAUAGGCUCCCAGGGAUUUGCAAUGAAGGGGAGAUUGAAAAAAGAGAUGGAAUCAAUAUGAGGAGGACAGGCUUGGAGAUUGAAGACUGGAUUGAGUCUUGGAAAGGAAGAUGGAAGUCUGACAAGGGGUUGACCCUCCAGCAGGUGCUGCAAAGGAGCGAGGGAUUUGAUGCUCUGCCUCCAUCCUUUAUGAAAGGAAUGGACAUGAGAAGGAUGAGAAGAAUGAAGAUGGAGGCUGCCAAGCACCGGAUUCAUCGAACUAUGAAGAGGGCACCUGUUAUAGUUGAACGGGUACCUUGCAGUGGAGAAGAUGAUAGGCUUAAAGAACAUCUGCCAAGUAGGAAGAGGAGGAAAAGGGAUGGAGUGAUUGAUGGACUUGAUUGGGAAGACUGCAUAAUCGAAUUAUUACUGCUUCAUCAGGUUGACGAGGAACAAAUUGAGCAGGGCCACUAUAAUAGGUUGCUGGACUUGUAUGUUUUCAGUUCUUCUGCUUUAUGAAAGCAUUUGCUUGGUAGAAUUAACAGUUAAGGAAGGGGCCUUUACUUAUUAGGUUUGUUUUUGUGAAACACCAGUCAACUAUCAACAUUACUUGCAUAUUUUUUAACAACAUCUCAUAGUAUCUGCUCUAUAAUUGUUUGUAUUACAGUAACCUGGGCAAAUUUCUUUUUUUGCUUAGAAAUUUUAUUCAUGUUACUCUAAAAAGGCUUGAAAAUGAAAUAAGAUGGAUUUGCCAACUUAUGCCAAUUUUCUCCUCCGGUUCGGAAAUUUGAAUAAUUUUUUGACACA